GUUACCUUCACUGUAAAAAAGAAUUUUUAGAGGCAGAUGAGGUGAGACAAAUUGCUAUUAACCAAUGUGAUGACUCGCUCACCACAGGCCAAUCUUUGCUAGUUGGGCAAACACUGGUUUCAGCACAAGGUAUUUUUGUGCUGGGUUUCUUUUCAAAUGGAGACAGCACAUAUCUAGGAAUAUGGUACAAUAACAUGAAAACUCGGACUGUCGUCUGGGUGGCAAACCGUGACACUCCAAUCAAGGGCGGUAAUGGAAGUCUUACCCUCAGCACAAAUUCUCUGGACCUGCUGGAUAGAAGAGGAAACAAUGUUUGGUCAAGUAGAAGCAGGUUUAGCACCAACAGUCCACAAGCCUUCCUUCUCGACUCCGGAAACCUUGUCAUCAACGACUCCAUGUCAGGGACUCCAAAUCCACUAUGGCAAAGUUUUGCUGACCCCUGUGACACAUUGUUGUCUGGUAUGACAAUUGGAUAUGACACAUCCCCUACUAUCCGAUACAUGCAACUCACAUCGUGGAAGAGCCUUUCGGACCCGUCUACUGGGAGCUACAGCAUCAAGCUCGACCCCAGACGACGUCCUCCUGAGCUCCUCUUGUUCAACGACACUACUUUGCUGUGCAGGACCGGUCCAUGGAAUGGUCAGGGGUUCAGUGGUCAACCUUAUCUUAAGACAACAAACAAGUUGGCCUUUAACAUGACUGUUCACGAUGACAGUGCGUAUUACUCGUUCACAUCUUUGGACAGCUCAGUCCAGUGGCGAUUUGUCAUGAGCUCAGACGGCAUUGCCCAUCGCUGGUAUAGCAAUCCGAGCAAAGAUGAUUGGGUUGAAUACUGGCACUGGCCCCAGAGUCAGUGUGAUACCUAUGCGUUCUGUGGUCCAAACGGCGCCUGCCUCAACGAUGACUGCACUUGUCUGCAGGAAUUUGUCCCCAGGUCGCCAAACGACUGGACCCAAAGGAACUUCACGGGUGGUUGUGUGAGGAACGCAACGCUUUCGUGCUCGUCGGCUAAUGGAUUUUACCGGUUGCAACAUGUCAAGGUGCCUGAUACAUUGAACGCCACCAUGGUGGGAGGCAAAAGCUUGGAUGACUGCAAGGAGUUAUGCUUAAAGAACUGCUCCUGCAGUGCUUAUGCUCUGCUUGGAGAGAGUAAUUGCGUUGUCUGGUCAGGAGAUCUGGUAGAUGUUGUUCUGUUUGUUGAUGGAAUCAACGAUUUGUACACUCGAGUCUCUAGUAACAAUCCCUCUCGUCCAGGUCCAAACGUUGCUAUCGUUGUCUCUAUUUCUGUGGUUGGAGUGUUGCUGUCAGUUUCUGCAAUGCUAGGCUUCUGUUAUCAUCGAAGUCGACAAAAGCAUUUACCACUAGCCCUUGAACAAGAACAUGCUCCAGGGCCUAAGCUUGCGGCCAAGAAUUUAGACCUUGAUGCUAUUAGAGUUGCCACCAACAAUUUUGCAAACCAAAAUUGUAUUGUUUCUACCCGAUCUAGAACCAUAUUCAAGGGAACGCUACCAAAUUUUGGGGAUUUGGCAAUCAAAAGACUAAAUACAGAAGCAGGACUUGAGGAGCUAAAAAAUGAGGUGAAAAUGCUUGCAAAGCUUGACCAUCCGAACAUCAUAAGGAUGCUGGGAUCUUGCACAGGGAAUAACGAAAACGUGAUAUGCUAUGAAUACAUGCCUGGUGGUAGCCUUGAUGCAGUCCUUUUUGCUGAAGAUGAAAAGAGUGCAGUCCUCGACUGGCCUUCACGUCUUCACAUCAUGCAGGGGAUUUGUGAAGGAUUGUUAUAUCUGCAUGAACAUUUCAGAAUUAUUCACCGUGAUAUAGACCCUAGCAAUAUCCUACUUACUGAGGGCCUGGUCCCUAAAAUUUCAGAUUUUGGUCUUGCAACUAUGCUUGAUCAAGGCCAAUCUGAAGGGAAGGAUCAGAACUUUAGGGGAACACGUAGAUACAGCGCUCCAGAGCUGUUUUACGGCAAGUCAUACUCAAUGAAGUCCGAUGUGUACAGCUUUGGCAUAGUACUUCUGGAGAUUGUCACAGGCAGCAAAGCUGCAUCGUUUUGCAAAGAAGAUACUGAUGACCUCCCUACAUAUGUUCGUCAACGUUGGACUCACGGGACGGCAUAUCAGUUGAAGGAUCCAAGAAUGGGGGAUGCUGCUCCUAGAGGGGAGAUAGAAAGAUGCAUCCAUAUAGGCGUCCGUUGCGUUCAGGAUGAUCCAACCAUGAGGCCUCUCAUGUCGUACAUUAGGAACACAUUAGCAGCAAUUCACCCUUAGUUUGUCAGGAAUCACUUCUUUGCUAUUAAUAAUCAAGUAUAUACGGUCAAAAUCUAGCUACUUGAACUGGGUUUCUUCCAGGGUUAUGCUUACAUUCUUAUAAUCCUGGCUCCACAUGUCAAAUCUAAUGCCAAAAUAUCUAUCGGUCGCUGUUUUGCCA